ACCGAAUUCGUGAAAAAGGUGCGGAAAGUCACCAGUGCGACCAUCGAGUGGUGGGACUUGCUAAGCCGAGCGAAUCUUCGUCGUCAGGCCCAUGACCGGUCCUCCGCCCCAAGGCGACGCGGUGACGCCUCAGCUCCUUCGCCGCCACACGACCGGCGCCGUGAGCUUCGGCGACGCCGGCGAUGUGUGCACGGAGACCGUCGACGUCGACCACCAGCGCCGCUUGCUGGACGAGAUCGCCAAGCAGGCCACCGUGCUCUUUGCCGGUGGCGUCGCGGGCAGCGUUGGGAAGACUUGCACCGCGCCAUUGAGCCGCCUUACAAUCCUCUUCCAGGUCCACAGCAUGGUCUCUGCGACGCACAAGGGCAAGUUCUCGGACUCGUUGCCGCAGGCCUUCAUGAAGGUCGUCCGCAACGAAGGCGUCGUGUCGCUCUGGAAAGGCAACGGCGCGAGUGUGGUGCACCGGUUUCCGUACUCGGCCGUCAACUUUUUCACGUACGAGCUCAUGAAGGGGUCGUUUGGCGAGGCGUCGUCGCAGUCGGGGCAGAUGUCCAUCAGCUUUCUUUCGGGCGCGAUUGCAGCCGCAACUUCGACCAGCGUCUGCUACCCCAUCGAUCUCAUUCGCACGCGCCUUAUCACGCAGCUCGACAAGGACAUUCGGUACCGCGGUAUCUCGCACGCGUUCCAUCGCAUUCGCGCGGAAGAGGGCACACGUGGGCUCUACCGCGGCCUCUCGACGACGCUCCUCGUGACCGUGCCCAACAUGGCCGUGAACUUUACCAUGUUCGAGGCUCUCAAGGAGAUGGCGCUCGUGUACCGCAGCAGCAAGAACGAGGACGCGUCCGUGAACACGUCGCUCGGCGUUAUCGACACCCUUCUCUGCGGCGGCGUCUCGGGCAUCGUGUCGUCCAGCAUUACGUUUCCCGUCGACGUGAUUCGCCGGCGCAUGCAGAUCUCAGGCAUCCACGGAGGCGGGAGGGCCAUGUCGGCCAUGGAGAUCACGCGUGCGCUGUACGCAGAGCAAGGUGUGCGAGGUUUCUACCGCGGCCUCGCGCCCGAGCUGCUCAAGGUCAUCCCCAUGGUGGGCAUCACGUUUGGGUCGUUCGACUACAUCAAGCAGGCGCUCCAGCUCGACGCGCGGUAGGAAUGAUAACUAAUGAUAAGCUUGUUGUUAUAAAUCCACAAUCAUCUACUAAAACUAUC